AUCUGACACUGCUACUAGAAGAAAUCAAUCAGCUCUUGACAACGCGACCACCAAAUGUCUCAACGCAGCCGAGUCAAAUUCCACCAACUGGGUACUGUGAGAGGUGCCAAAGGUCUCUUCAGCUGUAAAAUCGCAUAAAAACACACCGUCGAUCUCGUCAAUGGCCGCCCCAUGUUCAGACUCCAAAUGUUCUUGCUCUGUUACGUUCUUCGAACCAACAAUUCUUUUGGAACAGCACCGUCUCCAAGAAUUUCUUCAUGCCAUUGAGUACAAUUCCCAAUCUUCGAUUCAAGACGUCAGGGUUGUUGCCGUCCACGGCACCAUCCGCUUCUCCCGUUUGUACUUCCUUCAACCGCACCGCAAUGCAGAUCACGCCCCAAGCAAUAUCCUGGAAUCUGGUGACAGCCUUGUCCAGGUCGGCCAUGGCGCGGCAGGUCACCCCCACGUCCAAUGGUGGAGGAUCUGGAAACAUGUUUGCGGCCGGGCCACCUCCGAUGAUCAAGGUCAUGGUCAUUUGUCUCAAUGCCAGCAUGUCCAUGUUCUGCUUGAGCUUGACCUCGAAAUGAGCCACAUACGCCAUGAUGUCUCCCAGCCGGUCGGCUCCAACGCAACUCGUCAGGUUCCUGAUCCACUUCUCUACAAACCAAUGAUAAUUUGUUGCUCGUGUUGAGAGUCGCUUGAAAACAUCCAGCUCUGCCCUCAUGGCUGCAAUAUUAUCGGGAUCAUUGAGUUCUGCUUGCCGCUGCCCAUUUCCAUGCGUGUCUGCUCCUGGUCCGUCUCUUGCGAAGAAGGCAUUUGCUCGAGGCCUUCUCAUCCGAGGUGGCGGUGAACCGGUGGUGAAGUUGUCGUUGUCGUCGGGACGAGGCCUACGGAAAGCGUACUCAUUCGGAACAGGUCUUGGUGGUGGUGUGGUGAACGGAGAGCGAUUGGCUCUGUCUGACG